AAGGCAUCGCUUAUUCUUGAACAGAACAUUUGUUUUAUGAGUAUCGCAUCAUUUGUGGCUGAGUCGUAAAGAUAUUUACAUUGUGUAUGAGCCGAUUGUAACGAAAGACAAAAAAUAUAUUUAAAAAAGAUGGAACGCUCUUACACGGUUUCUAUUAAGGUUUUGAGUGAAAACGAACCACUUAAUUUUCGUAUCAGUGUUGAUCAGAACAAUUUUGAUGAUUUCAUGACGAAAAUUAAAAAUAAAGUAUCGCUGUUGACAAAUGAAAAUUUCCGUAUUUAUUAUACAGGUAAAAAUGGCCGAAAAUACUGCAUACUGGAUCGGGAUGACUUUCAACAAUUUGUCAACGAAAAAGUUGAGGAUGUUCUCGUCGAAGAAAUUGGACGGCCAGCUCUGCCAGCUCUGCCAGCUCAGCCAACUCCACCAGCUAAAAUGUCGUGUCGAGAAUUUGUCUACCGCGCGAUAGGUUUCUUCGUUCCACAAUCCCAUCACAAAAUAGAUUAGAAUACUCUGUGCGUCAUCUGUUUAUGGUGCUGGCAGUUUUCGAUAGCGUCUCAUCAAACGAAAUGAAAACAAUGUGUAUGGCGUAAGCUAGUCUUCACUUUGUUCACAACUUCUACUACUAUUAUUAGUAUUCACUGGUUGGAAACAGAUAAAUAAAAUCAUUUGCAGAGGAA